AUGCUUGGCUUGGGCGGUGCUGCCUUUGCCGUUGCCACAGACGCAGCUCCUGGAUGGCAUAUACCUUUCUUCUACAUCAGCGGCAUGAAUGUGCUGGAGUGCCGAUUUGCCCAGUGGCAUCCAGAAGAAUCUCAUGUUGCCGUGUUCGACGCUGAAGAACUGCACUACGAUGCUUGGGUCAGCUAUCCUGCUGGAAAGAUCUAUGUCCGUGAAGUGCCCUCGCCCUUGGUCAUCACCUGCAGCUUGACAUUUGUGCAACAAGAUGCUAUUGACGUCGUAUUCACCACGGUGGCCGGCGCCCAGAUGUUGCGCAUCGCCAGGUUGUCAAGCCUGCCGGAGAUGGAACAUCUUGCAACAGCCGCUGCCAUGGCGGCGGCAGCGCAAGGCCGUCUGCAGAGCCGCAACCAAGCAGUGUGCACGGUCUUGGAAGGGCAGGCAACCCCACUGGGCACGGUGGCCCUGUCAGAUGACUUGUGGGACAAGAUGACAGUGCAGGAGGCCGCGGAUGGUGCUCCAACCCUGCGUGCAAAGCAGCUGAGAGGAACGAAGCCCAAGUUGCAAAGCGCUUGCAACAAGAGGCCCGGCGAGAGGCUGGAGCUGGAAAACGGGGGCCACUUCCUGACGUUGAAGCCCAGGCUGCUAAGCGCUUGCGGCAAGGGGCCCGGCAAGAAGUUGGAGCCGGUGGACGGGGUCCAUGUCCCGGCGAAGGUGGUCGCCCCGCCGACGCUGAAGCCCAAGCUGCCAAGCGCUGGCGACAGGAUGCCCGGCAAGAAGCUGGGGCUGGUGAACGGGGGCCGCUUCCUGACGUUGAGGCUCAAGCUGUCAAACUUUUGCGAGAAGGGGCCCGGCGAGAAGCUGGAGCUGGCGAACGGGGACCGCUUCCUGAUGUUGAGGCUCAAGCUGUCAAACUUUUGCGAGAAGAGGCCCGGCGAGAAGCUGGAGCUGGCGAACGGGGACCGCUUCCUGAUGUUGAGGCUCAAGCUGUCAAACUUUUGCGAGAAGAGGUCCGGCGAGAAGCUGGAGCUGGCGAACGGGGACCGCUUCCUGAUGUUGAGGCUCAAGCUGUCAAACUUUUGCGAGAAGAGGCACGGCGAGAAGCUGGAGCUUGUGGUGGACGAGGCCCAUGUCCCGGCGAAGGUGGUCGACCAACCCUCGAGCCGGAUCAAGUUGGCAACCGCCAGCCUCCUUUCCUCAACGAGAAGAACCUCACCUCGGACGAUGUGCUCAAGAGGCUUGCAAGAACUAUGGGACAGCGUCGUGCGUCCAGCCCACGGCCACGACCAUUACGAGAUGCUUCUGGAGAGCAUGCAGCCAUUCAACCGCAGGACCUACCUGGAGGAGCAGCGUGCAAAGGAUGCGCCAGCAGACGACGCAGUGCAGGACGCCAAGACGAACAAGCCAAAGACGAAGAGCAAGGCAAAAGCAACAGCCAAAAGGAGGGCCAAGGCGACCGCCAAGGCGAAAGCAAAGCAGGCAGCAAGUGCCAAAGCCAAGGCCGCAGCCAGCAAGCGAGCCAUGUCCGCGGCGGCUGCAGCAGCAGAGGCUGCAGCUGCCGCAGCAGCGGCAGCAGCAGUGGGCACAUUCUUCGAACAUCAACAAGAAGCGCAAUGUGGCAUGCACGCGCUCAACAAUGCUUUGGGCAAAACAGCAUUCACCCCAGAGGACAUGGCCACAGCUGCCGAGACAUACCUCCAGGAAUGGCAAGGCAUUGAUGAAGCCGAGAGUGAACACAUCAGGCCUGGAGGGUGGUAUUCAGUCCAGAUCCUUUAUGCCGCUCUUUUCAACCGGGGCAUUGCGCUCAACCUGGACGAGCCGGUGCAAUCCGUGGACCAGGCGCACCUCGCGACAGCUCUGGUGCAGAAUUGGAACAACCAGCAUUGGGUGGCCUACCGCUGGGGGGCCGAUGGCGCCAUGUACCGGUUCGAUUCGUUGCAGCGUGGCCCUGAAAGAGUGAGUGAAGCGGACUUCGCAGCAUCCUUGGUCACACAUUGGACCUAUGCAGUUCUUCUCCCGUGUGACAUGUGA